UAGGGAUGCUGGAUACAUACCAGCUGUGAGGCUUAUCACCACUGUUCCUGGCAUGGCCCUGCAAUCUCACAGCCUGUUGAAAAGAAACUAGCACUUGCAAACAUUCCAUCUGGCAAUCUGAGAGAAGCUACUGAGAGAAUCCUUCGGAGACAUCCCCAGCUACCUACCACUGCUCCGGUUCCAAGCAAAGAAGAUCUGCUUACUCCGGAAAAAGAAAAUGAGUGAGACUCAAAAUUCAACAAGCCAGAAAGCAAUGGAUGAGGAUAACGAAGCCGUAAGCCAAACAAUGCCGAAUACACAAGACAAGACGAACACACAAGACUACGAAGAUGAAUUGACUCGAGUAGCUCUAGCUCUGGUUGAGGAUGUCAUCAAUUAUGCUGUGAAGUUUCUGGAAGAUGAGCAAAACCCUAUGAAAAACAUCACGUGGAUGACUCACGGUGAAUUCACUGUGGAACAGGGUCGUAAACAAAUUGACGAAUAUCUUUCGACGUGUAUUUAUAAAAAACGCUGGGCACACACCACAGUGUUUGUAGAGAGGAAAGACUUAAUUCACAGCUUCCUCUACAUCUACUAUGUACAUUGGAGUGCCACAAGUGCUGGCAUACCCGUAGCACAAAUCUCUUCUGGUACCUACUUCAAGCUGAAGGUCUCCAAAACCAAACCUCCGGAUGCACCCAUUGGUGUUUUUUUUGUAGGUGAAGAGCAAGAAUUAGUUCACAGACCAGGAAUGGUUUGCUUUCGAGAACACUGGCAGAAGAACCUUACUGAUGCCAAAUAUGAUUUCAUGGCGGCAUUCCCCUCCAUAUUUGAUCGUGUCUGAUUCUUACAGGAUGUCUUAGGAUUGUUUUUCUAAUCAGGUUACAUUAAGAAGACAAUGCAGCACAUCAAACCACAUAAUAUUUAUUAAUAAACUUGUGGCACACAA